GUGGUAUCACUCGAAGCCGUCCCACUUCUCUACUCCGUUUCGUUACAGUCAGUCACAGUGACUCGUCACUUCGUCAGUUUACAGAGUCCGCACCGCGUUCAGUCCACGCGUUCGCCAUGGUGCUGUUGUGAUGUCCACCGUUCUUCCAAAACCUCCCUAACCAAUUUCACAUUCUGCUGCAGUGCCAGUGACUGUGAAACACAUAACUCUAUCUUCACGCACAUUAAUCCCAUUCCAUUUCUAUCCUUCUACCUCCUCGCACUCGUGAGCAGCGCGACUCAAAGUAAUUCAAGUUAAGGCGAAUACGAAUUCCCAGCUGCGGUGAAAGUGUUCAUUUUUCCUCGACCUGAUUAGAAUAUCUCUAUCUCCCUCCUUUCCCUCCGUUGUUUCUCGAUCUCAAUGCCUCGUACCUGAUUACAUUUCCAAAUUCGACGCUCAGCUAUAUCUGGUGGUUCAGAACAUCUCGUGACGAUGAACGGCGAGGAGAAGCAUGAUAUAAUCCGAGUUGGAUCUCGGAAAAGUGAGUUGGCCUUGAUACAAACUAAACAUGUUAUACAAUGUCUGAAAGAAGUUCAUCCAAAAAAAGAAUUUGAGAUAGUAACAAUGAAUACUAAGGGAGACAAAAUUCUGGACAAAUCUUUACCGAAGAUUGGUGAGAAGUCUCUAUUUACUGAAGAACUAGAAUUAGCUUUAGAAAAUGGUAACGUUGAUUUCGUCGUGCACUCGUUAAAAGAUUUGCCAACUACACUACCUGCAGGAAUGGCUCUCGGCGCGAUAUUAAAACGUGAGGACCCACGUGAUGCGGUGGUCAUGUCAAAGAAAUUCAAAGAUGAGACAUUAUCCUCGUUGCCCAAAGGUAGUGUCAUAGGUACUAGUUCUUUACGUAGAUCCGCGCAAUUAUCUCGGAACAUGCCUCAUUUAAAGAUAGAAAACAUUCGCGGGAAUUUGAAUACUAGAUUGAAAAAAUUAGAUGAUGAAAAUAGUUCCUACGCCGCGAUAAUAUUAGCUGCUGCUGGUUUAAAAAGGAUGGGCUGGGAAGACAGAAUAACCCAGAUUUUAGAGCCCGAGGAAGCUCUCUAUGCUGUCGGCCAAGGUGCAUUAGGCGUCGAAUGUCGAGAGUCAGAUUGGAAAAUACGUUCUCUCUUGGAACCAUUGCUCGAUGUAGAAACCACAUUGCGAUGCGUAUCUGAGCGUUCAUUUUUGAAAACUCUUGGUGGCGGAUGUUCCGCACCAGUUGCAGUGUCUUCCUCUUUAGAAAAGAACGAGUUGACGAUUACCGGUGCUGUAUGGUCUCUAGAUGGUCAAACUUUAAUUACAGAUACAUCUAAAAGCAAAUUGUAUUUACCCGAUGACGAUUAUGAACCUCCCAAAAAAUGUCCAUAUCAGGAACCCCGUCUUUACUGUAGUGUUAUUGCCAAUAAAAUAAGCAGUAUAAGUCUUUAUGGUGCAGAAUUACUUGGUGAAGAUUUGGCUAAGAAACUUAUAAAGAAAGAUGCUCUUGAUGUAAUGUCACGAGCUAGAAAAGAAAUCUUAGAUACCAAAUAAUUGAAUCAAAUGAUUUGGUAUUUAUAUUAUACCAUUAUAUAGAAUAAUAUUAGUUUCUAAAUUGUGCAAAUACACACACAC